GUCAGUGGUGCUGAUUGGAGGAGCUGUGAGGUUGAACAACUGUAACACUCACCAGAGAAAGAGGAACCAAGCAAACCAGAGAGAAGAGGAGACGGAGACACACAGACAGACGACCACAAAUGAUGAGGAAAAGCAGAAUUUAAGAGAAUAAAAUUGAACGUACAGGAUUUUGAAGAAAGUGGGUUCAAGAUUGAGAUGAAGAUCUUCCUCAUCUUCAUCCUCUACCUGAUCUCAGGUCCAGUGGGCUGCUUUGAUGUGAUUGGCUACCCAGGAGGUAGUGUCGUAAUCUACUGUUCACACAGUCAAUAUGGAGAGUUUGAUAAAUACUUCUGUAGGAAACCUUUAAACGAGUGUGCAUUUAUAAAAUCUAAUCAAACACAGAACACGUGGAGUCAUAAAGAGAGACUUUCUCUAUAUGACUCUUCUGGAGGACUUAUAGUGAUCUACAGAAAUCUGAGUUUACAGGAUGCUGGAUCAUAUCAGUGUGGAGAGACUGGAGUGUGGAAUCAUACCGUGAACCUGAAAGUCAACACAGAUCCAUGCUAUUUGGGGUCAAAGACUGUGUCUGGUUAUCUGGGAGAGACUGUCACCAUCAGCUGUUCAUAUGCAAAUGAGUUUAAAACAGACAUCAAGAUGUUCUACAAAGUUGAUGGUCAAGAUUUUACUGAAGUCAUACGGACCAUACAGUCUCAGAAUGACAGAUUCUUAAUCUCUGAUGACAGAAGCUCUAAAGUUGUCAGUGUGACCAUCAGUGAUGUGAGAGAAGAUGAUGGAGGAGUUUAUUUCUGUGGAGUGGGAAGCGUUGGGGAGUCAAUCAGUUACAAUUCCCUCUACAGAGAGAUUCUGCUGCAGGUCACUGCAAAGGGAAUGUCGUCUAAAUCAAAACAAACACUGCCAGCAGGAUGGGGCUCAACUCUGAAACCAACAGCAGAGACCUACAGAACCACAUCAGCAGCACCAUCCACAGUCACAUCUGAAGAACAUUUCAGUUCCUCUCUCAUCAUCACUGUGUGUGUCUGUGUGGCUUUGCUGCUCAUUGGAGGAUCAACACUGAUCUUCUACAAACUGAGAUGCACCAAGACACAGGACUCUGAUAAAGACACCUACUCCACCAACCACCCACCUAAAGAUGAAAGUCUCACUUACGCCACUGUGAUUUUCCAGAAGAAUCCAGAUUCUGCCAGUAAUACACCAGUCACUUACAGUAAGGAGGAACGUGUAAGGUCGAAAGCCAGAGAAUCAGAACAGGACAAAAGGGCAACACUUGAAUCGUAG